AUGGAUGCUAGGAUGGUUGAGAAUAGUGAAAUUGCUCCUGUAUAUGGGGGGACUGUUGAAGCCGUUGAGGAUGUUGGGCAAGAAAAAGAAGAGUUGGUGGAAGAGCUGACUAUUCACGUGCUGACUGAUAAUAGAUUGGUUGCAGACUCUACUGUGGUUGUUUUGCACAUUGAGCCUGCUAAAAUUCAAGCUCCUACAUCAAUUGGGACCUCCCUCCCCCCCCCCCCCCCCCCGAGUUUUGCUCAGGUAGUUACGGGAUCAUCUCCUACGGGAGGGAGUCCUUCUACUACUAAGCAGGUUGCUGAGUCUGAUGAGUCGCCAGUUUCUGGGAACUUGCAGCUCCAGCAGGCUCAGAGGGGAAUAUCCAACGAAAAAGAGAACAUUAAGCUACAGAUAAAGGAAAUAAGGUUUGGAUUGACUCUCCGUUGA